UUUUUUAACGGAAGGAAAAGUGCUUUUUUUCUCACCUCUUCUGUUUGGAUUUCUUUUUGAACUUAUGAAAAAUGGCAACGGCAGCAUACGUGGAUCAUUUUGCAGCAGAAUGCCUUGUUUCUAUGUCGAGUCGUGCUAUUAUCCAUAGUCCCAAAGGGGAGACUGAUCCCCAGCCUGAUGCCACAAUGUGUCCUUCAUCGAAUGGAGAAGAGAAGUGGGAAGUUAGAGAGACCGGGAAGGACAAUGGAUCGUCACUGAUGGUGGUAGCCAGCAUUUUGGCAGAUCUGAACCAGCACGUCCCAAACUCACCCGCUCUCAAAAGGGAAAAAACAGAGACCUUUGAUAUCACAGAAAAAAUACACAUUUCUAUCGCUCCUAAGGAGUUUGGGGAAGAAAGUGUGUCUUCGGCUAGUAAGCGUGGAGGAGGAAAAGCAACCACACCUACUAGCCUGGCUGCAGUAACUGAGCCAAGCCCAAGACAAAAGAACAAACGCGGGAGAAGCUGGACUGACCCUGGAUCACCCCAGAAAAAGCACAAAUGCCACUAUGUGGGGUGUGAAAAAGUUUAUGGCAAAUCUUCCCAUCUUAAAGCUCAUCUAAGGACCCACACAGGUUAGUUGCAAUCCAGCCAGAGAUUUAUUUGUUACAGCUUGGUAAUUAAAAUGAAUGUUGGAAAAAACAAAAAACAAAACUUGUAUUUGGCCACCAUUAUGUUUUCACCUUUCAGAGCUCAAGCUAGGAAAAAACAACCAAAAAAAAGUCCUCUGGGAAUAAACCCUUACUGGGCAUAAACCCUACUGGGCAUUGGUUCAAAGCUAUGUUGCCCUUUUUAUUACUUAAUAUCACAGGGAACGGAGCAUUUGUCGUCUGUGUGGAUCCUACCAAGCUGUAAUUUUUAGUUGCUAGCUGCCUUCUUCAGUGCAUCUUCUACUUCCCUUUCCAAAGCUUCUUACCCUCCCCCACCUACUUUUUCUUGCCCUGUGCUCCCAUCGCUGCCUUUAUACUUGUUUAUUGCUUCCCAUACAAGCAUCAGUACCCUUAAUACUUUAAAAUUAAAUGUUCUAGAGGCA